GUGACUCAGGAAAUGAUGCACCCAUAAUUUGGCCGACGACGUUAACGUUUGUUACCCCAGUGUCAUGGUCGGCUCCGAUUGCUACUGCUCACAUCGCCCCGAGACUCUUACCAAUGUCAAAUGUCGAAAGGUUCGACUUCGAGAGUCAGACUACCACAUCCUAGAAUCCGUUGAGCCUUUAUCCGACGCUCCUUUGGUCAUCCUCCUUCACGGGUUUCCAGAGCUCGCCUAUUCAUGGCGCAAAGUGAUUCAGCCUCUCUCCCAGGCGGGGUACCACGUCGUUGCUCCAGACCAAUGGGGCUACGGCAGAAUGGCCGUCACGCCUAUUCAAUAUGACGACAACCUGGAGCCUUUCCAAAUGUCCCACUUAGUUCAAGAUGUCGUGACACUGAUCCGUAUUCUGGGCUAUUCAACUGCUUCAGUGGUGGGGCAUGAUUUUGGCUCCCUCGUUGCAGGUUUUUGUGCUCUUACUCACCCAGACAUCUUCCAAUCUGUUGUAUUCAUGAGCGCCCCAUUCACGGGUCUGAUCGCGCCUGAUGCACCUCUUUUCCCCACGAAGGCAGCCGAUGAAAUUCUAUCCUUAAUGAACCCUCCUCGAAAAUACUACACGACAUAUUUCUCUUCUCGCGAUGCUAAUAAACAUUUAAUGCAAAGUCUACCAUUGGAAACGUUUCUCCGCGCGUAUUUCCGUGCCAAGGCUGCAGACGGCACCCGGCUGGACAACAGCGAUCCCCAUCCUCUCGCAUCCAUAGAUGAAAUGGAAAAGCUACCGAGGUACUACGUGAUGCUCCAGCACGAAACCAUGCCCGAUGCGGUCCUUCGGUCUCAAGACAUGCCUGACAUAUCCUGGCUCACACCUUCCGAGCUCUCUACAUAUGCCUACGAAUACUCCCGUACAGGGUUUCAAGGCGGCUUAAAUUGGUACCGCUGCUCCACUGAUGCUCAGUGGACUCGGGAUCUGUCCGAGUUUGCUGGAAAAGGUGUAGAGGUCCCCGCGAUGUUUAUUGCGGGUAAAUUGGAUUGGGGCACAUAUCAAGCUCCAGGGGCUUUGGUGAGAAUGAAGAGCGAAGUUUGUGGGAAGAUGGAAGAGAGCGAUGUGAUCCUCAUUGAGGAUGCAGGUCAUUGGGUUCAACAGGAGAAGAGCGAAGCGGUGGUUACCGAGCUGGUGCAAUUCUUAGAUAAGUGCCUGGGUAGGUGAAGACUGGUAGGGAUGCAUUACGGAGGAAGUUCAUAAGUGAACCCUAACAUGUACAUACUGUUAGUUGGAGCCCUCAUCUUAAUUUGAAAAUAUAUAUUUCGAACAUGUUUACU